CGCAGCCCCGCCCCGCGCCGCUCGGCCCCGCGCGUCCGCUGAGCGCCGUGCCCCCGCUUUUUUAAUCCCCUCUUUUUCUGUUGUUGUUAUUUUUAUUUCCGAUUUUUGUGGUUGUUGUUCAUCAUUUUUUUCUCGAUUUUCCCCCCCCCCCUCCCCCACCCUCACAUCCCGAGUGUUUUUGUUGCUGGUGGCGGCGGCGGUUUCGAUUCUUUUUGUUGUUGUUGCUUGAAUUCCUCCUUCGGAUCUCCGCUCUCCCGCCGAGCCCGGCUCUCCGCGCAGGCCGCGGCCCGCGAUGGGCGCGGUGGUGGCGGUGCGGCGGUGCGGGCGCUCCGCGGGGCGCUGAGCGGACGCGGAGCGGCGCGGGGCGCGCCAUGGCCGCCAAGGACAACCCGUGCAGGAAGUUCCAGGCCAACAUCUUCAACAAGAGCAAGUGCCAGAACUGCUUCAAGCCCCGUGAGUCCCACCUGCUCAACGACGAGGAUCUCAACCAGGCCAAACCCAUUUACGGUGGCUGGCUGCUGCUGGCCCCUGAAGGAACGGACUUUGACAAUCCUGUCCAUCGCUCUCGGAAAUGGCAGCGCCGGUUCUUCAUCCUCUACGAGCACGGGUUGCUGCGCUACGCCCUCGACGAGAUGCCGACGACGCUCCCACAGGGCACCAUCAACAUGAACCAGUGCACGGAUGUGGUGGACGGGGAGAGCCGCACAGGGCAGAAAUUCUCCUUAUGCAUCCUAACGCCAGAGAAAGAGCACUUCAUCCGGGCUGAGAACAAGGAGAUCAUCAGCGGGUGGCUGGAGAUGCUGAUAGUCUACCCAAGGACGAACAAGCAGAACCAGAAGAAGAAGAGGAAGGUGGAGCCCCCAACUCCACAGGAGCCUGGCCCUGCGAAGAUGGCUGUGACCAGCAGCAACAUCCCCAGUGCUGAGAAGGUCCCCACCACCAAGUCCACAUUGUGGCAGGAGGAAAUGAGGGGCAAAGAGCCAGCAGACACGAGCAGCAGCAUCAGCCCAGCACAGAGCCCGGUGCAGGGGGCUGCCAGUUCCCUGAAGGAUCCCAUAUUGGACAGCAAGGAAGACGAGAGCUCCAUGAAUGGGGACCGGAUAGACUGUGGGCGGAAGACUCGUGUUGAGAGCGGCUACUUCUCCUUGGAGAAGACCAAGCAAGACUCGAAGCUGGAAGAGCAGCAGCUGCCUCCACCACCGAGCCCACCCAGCCCCAGCACCCCAAACAACAGGUACAGUUAUCCCAAAUCGCCCUCACAGGAGCAUGCCCAGCCCUUUCCUUCCCCAGGUACCCGAUCAGGCGACCGAGUGAUUCACAGCUUUUCUCUGAACUCCUUGGACUCGAAGAGCAGUUGCCCCAUGCACAAGGACUCCAGCAGAGAUGUAGGAAAGGGAGCUGAAAAAUCGGGGCGUCCCCUUUCUUUUAAAGCCAGCCGGCAGUACACAACCCUGGCCGACGUUCCCAAGGCCAUUAGGAUCAGUAAUCGUGAGGCCUUCCAGGUGGAGAGGAAGCGGCUGGAGCGGAGAACCCGGGCACGUAGCCCUGGGAGAGAAGAAGUGGCCCGGCUCUUUGGCAAUGAGAGAAGGCGAUCUCAGGUAAUUGAGAAAUUUGAGGCAUUAGACAUCGAGAAUGCAGAGCACAUGGAGACAAACGUGCCAGCAGGAGCUGCCCUGUCCAGCGAGACGCGGCAGGGCAGGAGUGAGAAGAGGGUCUUCCCAAGGAAACGGGACUUCACAUGCGAAGGGACAGCCAUGGGCUCCAUCCUGGACGUGUCUGCAUCUCCGCUGUCCCCACACCGCCGGGCCAAGUCACUGGACAGAAGGUCCACAGAGUCCUCCAUGACGCCUGAUUUGCUGAACUUCAAGAAAGGCUGGCUGACAAAGCAGUAUGAAGAUGGGCAGUGGAAGAAGCACUGGUUUGUGCUGACUGACCAAAGCCUGAGAUACUACCGGGAUUCAGUGGCAGAGGAGGCUGCAGACCUGGAUGGAGAAAUUGAUUUAUCAACGUGCUACGAUGUCACUGAGUACCCGGUUCAGCGGAACUAUGGCUUCCAGAUCCAUACGAAGGAAGGGGAGUUCACCCUUUCUGCCAUGACGUCUGGCAUCCGUCGCAACUGGAUUCAGACCAUCAUGAAGCACGUUCGCCCCACCACUGCGCCUGAUGUAACGAGCUCCCUACCAGAGGAGAAAAGCAAAACAAGCUCAUCCUUUGAGCCCAGCCCAAAGCCCAGCGAGAAGCAGGACACGGAGCAAACAGAGCUGGACUCGGAGCAGAAGCGGAGCCGUGCACGGGAGCGCCGGCGAGAAGGACGAUCCAAGACCUUUGACUGGGCUGAGUUCCGCCCCAUCCAGCAAGCCCUGGCUCAGGAGCGUGCCAACGCCGCCGACUCCUCCAAGAGUGGCACCGCUGCCUUCUCCAGGGACAGCAGCACCGCCGACACCGACCCAGGAGAGCUGGAGCGGGAGCGGGCCCGGCGGCGCGAGGAGCGGCGCAAACGCUUUGAGAUGGUCGACACGGUGGAUGGAGCAGGGCCAGAGGAGACACUGAGGAUGGAGGUGGAUCGGAUCCUGCCUGUCCCCUCGGACAUCAAACCGCAGAACGUCCACGUGGAGAUUGAGCAGCGGUGGCACCAGGUGGAGACCACCCCGCUGCGGGAGGAGAAGCAGAUCCCCAUCGCUCCCCUGCACCUCGCUCACACUGAGGACCGGGAUGAGGGGCUGGCAAAGCAGCACCUGACCACGCUGCUGGAGAAGGAGCUGGAGCAGAAACAGAAAGAGGCCCUGGAGCUCCUGGAACAGAACCGACACCUGCAGGACCAGCUGAAAGUGGCACUGGGUCGGGAGCAGAGUGCCCGUGAGGGCUACGUGUUGCAGACCGAGGUGGCCGCCUCGCCGUCAGGUGCCUGGCAGAGGCUCCACAAAGUCAACCAAGACCUCCAAAACGAGCUGGAAGCGCAAUGCCAGCGUCAAGAGCUGAUCAAUCAGCAGAUCCAGUCGCUGAAGCGCAGCUAUGCCGAGGCUAAGGACGUCAUCCGGCACCACGAAGCUGAGAUUCAGAGCCUGCAGGCGAGGCUCAGCAACGCGGCAGCCGAGCUCUCCAUCAAGGAGCAGACCCUGGCCAAGCUCAGGAGCGACCUGAGGAGCGAGAAGGAGAAGGCCAAGGAGCAGCUGGAGGAGUGGCAGCAUGGCGAGGCCGCGCUCAGCUCCCAGCUGAAGGCCAGUGAGCAGAAGCUAAAGAAUGCUGAGGCUCUGCUCCUGGAGAAGACCCAGGAGCUGCGGGACCUGGAAAUGCAGCAGGCUCUGCAGAGGGACCACCAGAAGGAGGUGCAGCGGCUGCAGGACAGGAUUGCCGAGCUGAGCAGGCAGCUGAAUGCCAGCGAGCAGACGCGCAUCCUCAUGGAGGAGAAGCUGCAGAAGAAUUACGAGGCUUUGCUGGAGAGCUGUGAGAGGGAAAAGCAGGUUUUAAUACAGAGUCUGAAGGAGGUGGAAGAUAAGGCCAACGAGUACGAGAAUCAGCUGCAAAAUAGCGAGCAGCAAAUGGAAAUUCUGCAGAAGGAAAAGCUGAGUGCAAAGUUUGAGGGCAGCGAGCUUGUCCACCAGCUGGAGGAGCAGCUGCUGCUGAAGGAGGCCAGCAUCCAGAAACUGGGCGAGCACAUCAAGGAGCUCGAGAGGGAAAGAGAUCAGAUAAAAUGUCGGUUCCAUGAGCUCAUGAAUCAAGUUGCUGAGUCAGAUAAUGAGGUUGCAAAGCUGCAAGCCAAGUUGAAAAUGGAAGAGACCAACUACCACAAUCUGGAGCAAUCGUUUGAGGAGGUGUCAGAUCAGUUCCAGGGUGUGCAGAAAGUGCUGAAAGAAAAAGAGGAGGAGCUGAGGCAUGUUAAGGAAAUGCACUUGAGAAUUGUGGAGAAGAAAGAUCAAGAUCUCAGCGAGGCUUUGGUUAAAAUGGUUGCUUUGGAUAGCAGUUUAGAGGAGACUAAAGUAAGGCUAAAGGCCAAGGAGGAGGCUUUAAGGAAAUUAACCAGCGUAGGUGCGGAGCCAUGUGCUGAGGAGGCAGAAGAUGUUGGCUGCCAUCUGGAGGCUGACGAAAGUCACCCGUCUCAGCUGGGGCAGCCUCUGCCAACUCACGAUGCCCUCCCGGUUCUGACCUAUGCAUUGAAGGAGGAGGAGGAGGUCCUUGAGACCAGCCAAAGGCAAGCAGAGGAGUUUGACUCCCCUUCGAAAGCUGCGGAGCUCCAGGACCAAGAGUUGGCUCAGAAGGCCUUAGCAAAGCCCGAUGUAGGAAUCAUGGGGGCCAAGAGGCAGAGAAUCCGUUUCUCGAGCAUCCAGUGCCAAAAAUAUAUCCACCCGGAUGGAUCGGAGAAGAACUGGACCAGCAGUACCUCUUCUGACACCAGCCAGGACAGGUCCUUGUCUGAGGAAAGCAUGUCUUCGGAGCCAGCUCCUGGCUACCCAUCAUCAGCGGCAAGCGACUCCGAGACCUACCUCUCCAUCAUCCACUCUCUGGAAACCAAGCUGUAUAUUACAGAGGAAAAACUGAAAGAUGUAACCAUGAAGCUCGAGAGCCAACACGGCCACAACCAGGAGACUCUGAUCGCCCUGCACCACCAGUGGGCCAGCACAGAGUCUCAGCUGCGGGAGCAGCUCCAGAGCAGCUUAUCCCAAGUCAGCGCUCUUGUCUCGCAGCUGGAGAGCGAGAGGCAGGAGAAGCUCAAACUCAUAGAAAAUCAUGUUAGCGAGCUGGGAGGUUUCCAGGUGAAAAACGAUCAAGCGCUGGCUUGCUUAGAGAAGUGCAGGGAGCAGCUCAGAUCUCUCCCCAAGUCAGAUAAGGAGCAAGAGAGCGAUUUGUUCCUCGUUAGUCUAUCCAGCAUGGAAACAACCUUAUCGGGUGCAAUCCAGGCCUUGGGAGGGGCACCGGCCCCACCGGAGUGUCAGCAGAGUGAGGGCCUCAUGGCAGGGUCCCCUGCGUCCAGGGGGGGGGUGCUGGGUGAAGGGGAGCCCGUCUCUGAGGAGCAGCCAGCAGGGACUUUUGGUGCGGGCCAGUUGAGGUGGCUGUCUGAGAGAGUGGCCUUUGAGGCCUCUCUUAUCAGCCAGAUAGCAGAGUCUCUGAAAAAUGCAGGCUCUGAGAUAUCACAGCUUCUCAGGGAGAUCCAGGGGACGGCGGAGGUGGUUCUGAUAGAGCCGGCAAGUGCUUCUCACACAGCAGCUGACUUGGCCGGUGUCCUAUCUAAGAAGCUGCUGCUGGAAGGGGAGUUCUGGAGCCAGGUGGAGGAGCUGAGAGUGCACCUGAGCACCAGGCAGGGAGAAGCAGAGGGCCAAACAGAACCAGCAGGUUUGGGCUUUUCUCCGUGUUUUCUUAGUGCUGUAGCAGAUGCUACGUUGAUCAAAGCAGAACUUGGGUUUGUGGCGCAGAAGAUGAGGGACUCUUUUCACCAGAGGUUAAAAAUGGUCGAAGAAGACCUCCAUAACACCAAAACAGCUCUCCAGCAGCACAAGUGCAUGUUGGAGGAAAUUCUCAAAGCUUACAGGACUCCUGAUUUUGACAGAGUUGUGCAUCAGAUUUCUGAAGCGCUUGAAAUUCAGAAAGAUGCUUCAGAAAGAGCCCAGAUCUCCUGGGACGGGAGCUGCCUCCAAAUGGGACCGUGCCAGGAGGGGGCCAAGGUGCAGGAGGUUCGUGGCCUACCAGGUCAUGGCAGUGGUGAAGCUCUUGUUUCCAUUCAGGAAGAUCUUGCCCAACAACUAAAAGACAAAUCCAAUGUUCUUAAGGAAAUCUCUGUUGCCUUACUUUCUCUGCCUCCUGAGGAGGCCAUGAGAGAUUGCCAGAAGCUCUUCAAGAUAUCUCGGAGCCUUUCAUAUCACUCGUGCAUGGGAGACCUGGAGCGCUACUCCUCUUUGUUAGUUCAGGAUGCAAUAGUUCAGGCUCAGGUUUGUUACGCUGCUUGCAAGGUCCGCCUGGAGUACGAGAGAGAGCUGAAGUCGUACAAAGAGUCCUUGCAGAGCAUGGAUGCACUGUGCCAGGAGCGUGUGAAGACCGUCUCCCUGCUCCGGGAUGAGUACGAAGAGCUGCUGAGGAAGCAGCAGGGUGAGUACAGUGAGGUGAUCGCCAUGCUGGAGCGGGAGAACGCUGAUCUCAAAGCCAAGGUCUCCCAGCUCGAAGGUCAGCGGAGGCUUUUAGAAGAGGAGGAGCACAAACACAGCAAAACUUUGAGUGAGUUGCAGGGCCGCUACGAGGAGGAGAUUCGGAACGUGAUUGAGCAGCUGAACAGGACAGAGGAUGCUCUGAAGGCUGAGAGGACGGAGGGCCUCAACCAGCUGGACGCCAUCGUCCGUGACAAGCAGGACAUGGAGCGCUACCACCUGGAGCAGAUGCAGAUGCUGGAGGACAAGUUCCAGGCCAAGAUCAAGGAGCUGCAGGCCAUUCAUGGCGAGGAGCUGCAAGCUCUGCAGGAGCACUACAGCCAGAACCUGCAGCGCCUGCAGCACGCCCUUGACGAAUACCAGCAGCAGCACCCGGAUGCGGUCCCUGCGGUGGGGCCGGGCGGUGGGGAUGGCUGGGGGGCCGGGGAGCCGGGUGGCACCAGGCAGGGACCCACCGGGGACCUGGACUCCAUGCACGGCCUGCGGGAACGCAUCCAGGAGCUGGAGGCCCAGAUGAACGUGAUGAGGGAUGAGCUGGAGAACAAGCACCUGGAGGGCAGCGCUUCCAUGCUGAGGGAAAAGUACCAGAAAGACUUUGAGAACCUAAAGGCAACAUGUGAGAGGGGCUUUGCAGCCAUGGAGGAGACACACCAGAAGAAGAUCGAGGACCUGCAGCGGCAGCACCAGCGGGAGCUGGAGAAGCUGCGGGAGGAGAAGGACCGCCUGCUGGCAGAGGAAACAGCUGCCACCAUUUCAGCCAUUGAAGCCAUGAAGAACGCGCACCGGGAGGAGCUGGAGCGAGAGCUGGAGAAGUCGCAGCGCUCACAGAUCAGCAGCGUUAACGCCGACAUCGAGGCCCUCCGGAGGCAGUAUCUGGAGGAGCUGCAGUCGGUGCAGCGGGAGCUGGAGGUGCUGUCAGAGCAGUAUUCACAGAAGUGCUUGGAGAACGCCCACCUGGCGCAGGCGCUGGAGGCUGAGAGGCAGGCCCUCCGCCAGUGCCAGCGGGAGAACCAGGAGCUCAAUGCCCACAACCAGGAGCUGAAUAACCGCCUGGCUGCGGAGAUCACGCGGUUGCGGACCUUGCUGACCGGGGAGGGUGGAGGAGAGGCUGCUGGGUCGCCUCUCACCCAGGGCAAAGAUGCCUACGAGCUGGAGGUCCUGCUGAGGGUCAAAGAGUCAGAAAUCCAGUACCUGAAGCAGGAGAUCAGCUCUCUCAAAGACGAGCUGCAGACGGCACUGAGGGAUAAGAAAUACGCCAGCGACAAGUACAAAGACAUCUACACAGAGCUGAGCAUUGUGAAGGCCAAGGCAGACUGUGAUAUCAGCAGGUUGAAAGAGCAGCUGAAAGCAGCCACAGAAGCUCAGGGAGAGAAAUCCCCUGUGAACACCACUGUAUCGGGAUAUGAUAUUAUGAAAUCAAAAAGCAACCCUGAUUUCUUGAAGAAAGACAGAUCCAGUGUUAGCCGGCAACUAAGGAAUAUCAGGUCAAAGUCCGUUAUUGAGCAGGUCUCAUGGGAUAACUGAAAUGAACCCGAGUCCAGGUUCCCUGCCACGUAGAGCCUGAAGGAAGGCCUGACCGUGCAAGAACGCCUGAAGCUUUUUGAAUCCAGGGACUUGAAGAACGACUAGCUCUCCCCGCUCCGCUUCACCACGCGCACCUCUCGGCUUGAGGCAGCACAGCACCAGCACCGUUCGUCCCACGCCGCUCACCGCCGUCCUCGCUGACGUUUGGCCCCACAGCUCCCUCACCACCCCCCUUUUCCCCGCUUGUGAGACGCUUCUGAGACUCUUGAGAGGGAGAGGAAGGGAUUGGGCUGUGGGUUUUGUGGGUUAUUAUUAUUAUUAUUAUUAUUUUUUUCCCCUCUUCAGCGCUUUGUAGGAGAACCCUUCCUUUACUGUAAACCAUUACACUAAGUGUCAGUAUUAAGGCUCAGUAGCCUGUGAAUAAGCUAGCUCCGUCGUACCAACGGCUUGGUAUGCACGCAGGGCUGGGUGGCGGGGGCCAUCCCUCUUACUACUGUCACGAGCCCCCAGUGCUCAGAGCACACCGGGAGCUUCAUUUGCCGUUGAUUGCGUCGACUGCAUCACUUGCACCUGCAAUAGGGGAAAGCCUGUGGGAUGCUGCCGGGGUGCCUGGAGGAGCCACGCCUGGCUGGCAGAGGACACAGUGCCCGGGCACCAGCAUUGGGUAGGGGCUGCUGUGGGCACCUGGUGCGCAGGGGAGGGGGGGAAGCGUUCCUGGGGCCGAGCUGUGAGGUCACUUCUUGCCUCUCCUAGAUCCAGCCCAGCACUGGUUCGUUGUUUUUUUUUUUGCUGUUACUCCCUUCCUCUCAUUGAGUCCCGUGUACGUUAGGGUCUGUGCGCAUGUGAAACUCCCUUUUCCUAGUCCAAGGAAAGUAGAGUAGAAAGUAGAGCCAAUAUUGACUGAAAAUGCACAGUGCUCAAUGCAUAUAAUGCUCCUUUUUUAUCAGCUUCUUGAACUCAACUCUUCCUGUCAGCAGGGCAGCUCCUAUUUUAAUUCGUUUAUCUUUUCCUGAAAUAAAAGUCUGAAAACCAGCCUGUGUUUCAGACCUGCUCAGUCACAGCAGCUUCUGUAUGCGGAGCAGGCGGUGCCACGAGGUCCAUAGGUGAGUGCAGAGCUCGGUGGUGGCUGCAGGAGCAUCUCCACAUGCUUCGUGCACCUACACAGCCCCAGCUGUGUGUGGGGUGAAUCAUUGCCCCAUUGCUCCCCAGUCUGACAUGGCAGCAUCACUUUGGAUUUCGGGAGAUUUUUAGGUGGAGCUGAGCUGAUUCUUGACUUCUCUGUGCUCACCUGAGGUGGAAGCAGGUGUGUUGAGUCUCUUUGGGCAUGGUGUGUGGCCAGCUGGGAGGUCCAUCUGCAAGGAUAGAGCUCUCGCUGACUGCUCCAGCAGUGCCACCAGGCAUACAGAGAUGUUCUGCGCUGCGCCUCCGUACCUGGCUGUGUGUGGGAAUCCUGGAGAUGGCAGCAGGGAUCCUCAGCCCCUCGGAUAUGAAGGCUCUUCCCUCUCCAGCAGGUGUCCGCCCUCUCAGAUGUUCUGCUGUGCAGCCUCACCCCAACCUGAGCUCACCGUAGUGUUCUCCAUCAUCCAAGCACUGGAGGAGCCUUGGUAGCCCAAGCCUGGAAGAGGAACUUGGUGAUCAGGUGUGUGCACAGGGCCUCUGCCAGCAUCUUGUGUGACUGCAGGCUGGGUUUGGUGGCUCUGGCUUGCACAGGCUUUGCUCUGCUCUUGGGAUGCUUCCUUGCCCCGUGAUCUCCUGGCACAUGGAGCGAGGAUGGUACAUGGCAUCAUCACUGUCACCACUCAUCUCUCCCAAGGCUGCACUGGAUACAGGAGAAUGCCUUCCUCCUCUCAAGAAGCACAGCAGGACUUUGUCUUUCUCAGCCACCUGAGCAGAAUGUGCUGAUCUCCCUCUUGCUAUGUGGACUCCAACCAUUCUUAUGUUCCCCUGGAAAGCCUUGCUUUACUUUGCUGACUUUGUUAUUUUAACCACGAGCACCACAAGGGCCACAGCUUGCUAUUUCACUGCACAGCACGUGGGAGCUGUGCAGGAUGGGCACUGACUGAUGCCACUGAGCACUGUAACUCCCUAAGAGAGGAUGCUGCCUGCUGCACAUGUGGUUGUACCCAGCUCUGGCUGUCAUGCCUGGUGUCGGAGAACCAUCUGCUUUCUUUGCCCAAAUGGAUGCUUUCACCCUUAUUCCUUAAGGCAGAGAAUGGUGGAUGUGGUGCAGCUACGUGGGUGCUGCAGGAGGUGUAACCCAGUGCAGGGAGACCAGUGCCAAAUGGACUGACCACAGCUUUUGGCUCAGCACACAUCAUUGUGUUCGUGUGGUUUGUGAAAACAGGUGACGAAGGGCUAAAAGGUGCUGCAGUGGAGAUGGAAUUGGGAUUUGCUGGGGUUACUGCUAUUGGGGAAGCUUGACUUAAUGCACAGCUGCUCCAGCCCUUCAGGGGGCUGAUGGAAAUGCCCUUCCCUGAGUUCUAAAAUACCAUGAAGCAAAUAGGGGAUGCUGUACCUUCCUGCAGCAGCACCAUCUGCUGGGGGUGAGCAUCCCUUAAAUGGGAACAAAACAGGAGCACCGCACAGCUGCACAGCAGGAGCAGCCUGGGGCAGGGCCUGGGCUCUCCCCUGGCCUCUCUCCAAAGCUGGUGGCAGCCCUCAGCCUCAGAGAGAGAGAGGGGAAGGGCAGCUCCACCGGACAGUGGGGAAUGGGGUGAUGACUGUGGAGAGAACAAAGCUGGCCAGAAAGGUGAUGGCAGUGAGCCGGGGUUGUCCCGCUGCUUCUCUCCUGCUCUGGGCAUCAUUCAUCCUCUUGCCACUGAAGUGACACAGCUGCAGGUGCAGACAGUGCCUGUAAGAGAUACUAGGACUUAUUUUCAUCUUCUGCAUAAAAUCCUCCCGCCCUCAGCACUGUAGCACAGCUCACAGCUGCUGCAUUUCUGUGCUGCCGACGCAGAGCUGUUUGCUGCGACCACUUAUGCACACAGCACGGCUUGCUUUGCCUUUCCUCUUCCCCAUCCUCUUUUUUAAAAGCAAAAACGCUUUGUUACUCUCUUUUGAACGUAAAUAAUUUAAAAGCUGUAUAGUAUUCCAAGUACGCAAUGUAAAUAUUUGUGACUCAGAAAUCAGCAGAGGGCUCUCGUUUGUGACAGCGUUACGGUUUUGAUGUCACUGGCCGGGUGAGAGCCGUCACCCCCUGCCUGCCUGCCCCGACGGGCUCUGCUUUGCACUGUUAGAAGUAGCUUCUCACACCUUUUCUGCUGCCCUACCCUUGAGUUUCGAUGAUGCCUGUCUGAAGAAUGCACACGGUUGGUUUGAGAACUGUAACUUUACUGCGCCGUAAACUUUUUUCUACCCUUGAACUGAAUGGCUCCACCACGGAGCAGAGCAAAGCAGCGCAUGCAGUGCUGCAUUUGGGCUGUGUGCAGGUGCUGUGCAAGGCAGCAGGGGUUCUGCCAGGAAGGACAGCUCAUCCUGCAUGGACACACAGCCUGCAGCACAUCACUGCCCAAAUGCUGAGUGCACCAGCGCACAGUGCUGCACGCAGCCCCACAGCAAGGGAUGCAGAAAUGCAGUGAGUGAGGACGGGGCAGGGAGGGGAGGCUCACCUCACAGCUGCAGCUUUGAGACAACCGAAAGAAGGCAGGGGUGCGGAAGCUGCUGGCAGAAACCUGAUAAGCCCAUCAAGGUGGUAGCAGCUGAAGGCAGCCAGCUGGCCGUGAGCUGGCAAGUAAUUAGUGCAAUUAUAAACAAUUGUUUUCUCAUUCUUCCUUCUUUACACAUUGACAGUGCACAGGAUGUGACAAGAACACUAACUCUAUGUUCUAAACCAGAGAGAGCAAAGUAAGUUGCAAGAUGCUAAAGGUGAUGGCAGGUAGGAGAUAGAUCAGAGCGCACAGCCCUUGACCCUUUCCUGGGACCUGGCGAUGUGGAUGGCUCCAGAUUGUAAAGAAUCAGUUAUUUGAAGGGAUAAAGAUUCGGGGAGAGAGAAAGGAAUGCUGCAAGUCUUUGGGUGGCAUCAGCAGCGGUCAGCACUGGUGGUGCACAGCAUAAGCCACAGCCCAAACCGCAGCCAUGGGACUCCUGCGUUGCAACACAUGGUGCAUCUGCCUUUGUACUGAGAGCUCUGUGCUCCUAAUGGAAACGAUGAGGGGCUGUGAGCAGGAGCUGAGCACAAGAUUACGUGCCCAGACGCAGCAUCCGGCCCCCCCACUAACCUGCAUUUGGCAGCAGCGAUGCUGCAGCAUGCACACAGCACCUGUGCAGGUGGGGACACUGCUGCUGGCAAACCUGCGGCUGGAGCCCAGCACAGGAGGCCAGGGAGCACAGGAGGCCAGGGAGCACAGCCGUGCUGCAGCUCUGGCUGUAUGCAGCCCCAAGGGCCUCUCUUGCAUCAGAUCCAUCCAGGAAACGAUGCAUCGCACGUGAUUCCAUUCCCUCUGCCAGGGGCUCCCGCUUCUCUGUGUGCACGAGUUCCUCGCCUCUUCCCUCCUCCUCUCUUCCACUCCUGUUUUAUUCACUGCUUUUCGAGGAAUCUCUGUUCCUGGUAACUGUUCUCUGUAAUAGAAACAUCACUUUUUUGUCACUGUAUUUAUUCCUUACACAGCCGUGUGCGUCAUGCUAGGUUCCCAUGGAUGUAGCUGAUCAUUUUUAUUUUGUAAAUAUAAUUACCUAACUUUACGUAAACGAUAUCCUAAUAAACUAUUUUUGCACCACCCUUUG